UCGAGCUUCUCUUAUCAUUCCAGUCCUCAAUUCAAGACCCUUCAAGGCAUCUCUCUUCUUGGUCCUACUCAUCAUCCAAUGAUGUUUGCCUUUGGUACGGCGUCGUUUGCAGCAACUUCUCGCGUGUUGUUUCUCUCGAUCUCUCCGGCAAGAACAUCUCUAGCCAAAUCCUCACUUCCACUAUAUUCCGGCUACCUUUUCUACAAACCAUUAACCUCUCCAAUAACAAAUUUUCCGGUCCAGUCCCUCAUGACAUCUUCACCACUUCGCCUCCUUCUCUUCGUUACCUAAACCUAAGCAACAACAACUUAUCUGGUUCCAUCCCUCGAGGCUUUCUUCCAAAUCUCUACACGUUAGAUCUUUCAAACAACAUGUUUUCAGGAGACAUCUACGAGGACAUCAGACUUUUCUCUAACCUUAAGGUCCUAGAUCUCGGCGGAAACGUCUUAUCCGGCCAUGUACCGGCCUGCUUCGGAAACCUCUCAAGAUUGGAGUUCCUAACACUGGCUUCAAACCAGUUAACCGGAGGUAUACCAACGGAACUAGGGCUGAUGAAAAACUUGAAGUGGAUAUACUUGGGAUACAACAAUCUUUCUGGGGAAAUUCCUUACCAACUCGGUGACUUAUCAUCUCUAAAGCAUCUUGAUCUUGUCUACAACAAUAUCUCAGGACCGAUACCUCCUUCACUAGGAGACUUAAAGGAGCUUGAAUACAUGUUUCUCUACCAAAACAAGCUCUCAAGUCAGAUUCCACCGUCCAUCUUCUCCCUCAAAAACCUCAUAUCUCUCGACUUUAGCGAUAACUCGCUCUCUGGAGAGAUCCCUGAGCUCUUGUCUCAGCUGCAAAGCUUCGAGAUUCUCCAUCUUUUCUCUAAUAACUUAUCAGGAAAGAUUCCGGAAGGACUAACGUCUUUGCCACGUCUACAAGUUCUUAAGCUGUGGUCCAACAAGUUUUCUGGCGAAAUUCCGGCAAGUCUUGGGAAGCAUAACAACCUUGUAGCAUCCCUAUCCCCCGGGGAUCGACCGGGGUUAUCGAAAGGGAGCUAUAGACACGCUUAUACCCUUAUAGGCAAUCCGCCGUGUCAGUUACUGGUCGCAAGAGUCGACGAUCGCUUUGCUUUCUUUGAAAUUCCGAUCCACCCGUAUCCAUACACUUCUACUUACAGUCCUGCGCACAGGGAAAUGGAAAGGGAGGGUCUGAGUAUUGGAUUACUCAGUGAAGUGACUCUAGACCAGCCUGCCCGCAAGACACUCUACAUUACUCUAUGCGGGAGUCAGGACUGA